AAACCAUCUAUCAACCAAUCAGAGGCAUUGGUGCUGAUAUGACUUUAGCGCGUACUCUUCGUGCACUUUCGACAAAGAGCUCUCCAUAGUCGACAGCAUAGCGAAGUUAACUAGCAUUGUUUUGGUAAACAGAAAGUAUGUGGGAUUAAAGUACGGUUUUUAAUAGUAUCGUGGAUUGCUAAUAGUAUCUUGUAAAUCAUGUUCUAAACAAUAUGCGGGCUUUUCUUCUGGCUCGUUGUUUUCUUACUUCGCUCACUUACUUGGUCACAAUGCUAGCUAGCUAGCUAAUGCUAACGUAAGCUAACUUGAACACAACAUUUUAAUGGUGCGUCGUGGAGAAACAUCCUCUUUUGUCUUCACGUCAAGCAGCUCGUAAACAAGAGGUCGAAACCACCAACAUUUUGGAUGGCCGUGGCUCCCGCCUUGAUGACGGAUAAGAUCAUAGUCCUUGAUGAUGACGAUGAAGAGGAGAGUCCUCAACCCUCCUGCUCUGCCUCCACCUCAUCCUCUCGGCAUCAAGCCAAAAUUGUCUCACCACUCAGAGCUCAGCAGCCUGUCCCUACUCACAUCACCCAGUCACCUUUUGCCUCGACGAAGAAGCAAACGCAUGUUCUGCAGGCAGAGAACCAGAGGUUGUUCAAGGAUUUUGUGGAGCACUGCUCAGCUCUCACCCAGGACUGCCCCGAGGUCUUGAGCUUCCUCCAAACCAAACAUGCUAAGGCCUCCCCCGACUAUCUGUCAUCUGUGGAGUUCAGGAACACCUUGGGACGAUGUUUGACUCACGCUCAGGCCAACCGUUCCAAGGCCUUUGUUUACAUCAAUGAACUGUGCACUGCACUCAGGCAGCAUGCAGCCAAGAGGAGGCUGACCCUCUCUAAGCCUUCUACCUCAACAUCAAGUUCUGUCCAGUUUACCUCUGUUAUGUUCAAAAGGGAAGACGAGACUAAAGUUAAGAUGGAUGAGCAAGAAGAAGGGGUGAAACCGGCAGCAGGGGAUAAGCAACCUUCCACCUCAGGGCUGCAGGAGGGCAAUGAUAUGGAGGAACAGGAAGCAGAGAAAAAGGCAAAGAGGGCAUCCAGGAAACAGAUAGCGUACCUGGAGAACCUACUGAAGGUGUACAACGACGAGAUCUGCCACCUGCAGCAUGCCGAGCUGAGUUUAGACGACAUGGGAACGGAGGGCUCUUUAUACAUCCAGGAACACAAACUCAAACGCAAGAUGAUGAAGAUUUAUGAAAAGCUUUGUGAACUAAAGAGCUGCGGCACACUAACGGGCCGAGUCAUUGAGCAGAGGAUCCGCUACACUAGCACUCGUUUUCCUGAGAUCAACAGGAAGAUUGAGCGCUUCAUCAACAGUCCUGAGGCGCAGAGGAACCCUCCGGAUUACCACGACAUCCUCCAUCAGGUGCAGCGCGCCAAUGACCGCAACAACUUGGGCCUUAGCCGAACAGUGCUGAAUCAGAUCGCCCUGGAUGCUUUCAGAGAGACCGGGAGCCACAUGCAGGAGAGACGUCACCUGGACCUGGUGUACAACUUCGGCUCCCGCAUUACUGACGCCUACAAGCCUGCCACAGACCCGGCUCUGUCGGACCCAUCACUGCUGCGGAAGCUCCGGUCGAACAGAGAAGUGGCUCUGUCCCGUCUCGAGGAGGUCAUCACCAAGUACGCUGUCCAACAAGAGGACACGGAGGAGCAGGAGAGGGCCAGACGACUGGAGAAAGACAGCAAAGAGAAAAAGGCCCACAAAUCAGAAAAUGGAGAAGCAAAUAAAGAGGUGAACGGCGUUGCAGAAGAGGAAGAAGAAGAGGAGGAGGAUGAAGAUGAAGAAGAUGAAUCCUCAGACCCAGACAUCGAGGAAGAGAUCCAGGCCAGCACUCAGCAGGAUGGAGACGAUGAGGAGAAUGAGGAAGACAACAGUAACGAGGCGGAACCCGUAUGUGACGGUAGCAACAGGGAGGAGCAGAAGGAUCAGUUAUCGGGAAGCGUGAAAGAUGAGGACGAGGAGCCUGUCACAAGUGGACUCAGCCCUCUUUCUGAUGAAAGCAACUCCCAAAUCUCUCCGCUGUCUGACCUCCCCUCUCCUAAACAGAGCCCCAGCCAAUCGGAGCCAAUACAGACCGAUGACCAGACGCUGCUGUCUAAUGGUAACCUUGCAGGAUUAGAGGAGCCCGUGGAUUCAUCCAAUCAUGUUCUAGUAAGCACCAGCAAAGACACCAAGGACCCUGCAGACGUCUCUCCAGCAGCAGCCAAUGAGGUGUCUUUGCCCCUGUCGCCAGUGGUCAUCGUAGAAAAUUGUGACACCCAGACUACCAACGGCACGUCGCCUCCGCCCAGCUUCAGAGCCACGAGGAGCCAGAAGAGGAAGAGGGAAGACGUAAAGUCAGAGAACUCAGAGAACUCCCGAAAUACAAAGCACAUACUCAUCCAUGACAGUGACGUAGAUAUCCCUCUGGAUAUGGGGGUUUUCAGCUGCAAUUCUCCGCAGCAGGCGGAGUCAACCCGAGCAGACACUCCAACCCAGGAAAUGGUCAGCAGCUCACAGUCGACACCGCCGCCCAAGAAAAAUAAGGUCAACGUGGCAACCCAAUGUGACCCAGAUGAGGUCAUCGUCCUGUCAGAUUCGGAAUGACUUCACUUUUGACCUCUCACUGGACUGCAAGAGUAUUUGCAUUUCUAAGGACUGGUCUUGUCUUCUGGCUCGUAAGAAGAGGAAAUGCUCAAAAACUGUCCCUUUUUUUUUUUCUGGGCAAAACUAUGAAUUUAGUACCUCAUAUCACUUGAUUACAAAUUACCAAACAAAAGCCAAGACAAGUGUUUUUGGAAAAGGCUUAAAUAAAAUAAGUGUAACCUAACAUUGGAAAGAAAGCUGUUUAAACACGAUUUUUUUGGGGGGGAAAUCGGGAAAGUCGUCUUCUGCUGCUGUGUGCACCAGAGAAUACAGCUGUCGUUUACUCAGCAGAGAAACAUUGGCUGAUGUUGACCUCGCCUGUCUAAUGUCAAUGUGACCUAAUCCGACUCUAUUGGGUGAUCCAAGCAGCCAGACUUCAGUCGCCGUGUUUCCUGCCUCUCAGUGUAACACGAAAUGAUGCUACAGUUGGUAGUAGCACUGAAAUGAGUUAUUUUGCUGCUCUAAACACGGAGCUAAAACUACGUCUCUUGGGAAAAUCAUCCCAAGAAUUUGAACUUUUGUUAGUGUGCUUUAGGUAAGAAACCAGUGCCUGAAAACAUGAACCGUGCAGCCGGCCGUGUGGCCCAGACGGGGAGUUUUGUUUUCACAGACACUCGACUGGCGAAGGCUUACCGCCAGUUUGUUUACAUUUUUAUAUUUCAAUCACAUUUUUCAUCACCAAGAGAUUUGGGCUGUUUAAAAGGACUUUUGAGACGACGUUGUCUUACUUGCUAUCUAUGAUGUGCAUUGAAGCAGUGAUUGGUUUGUACUCCGCUUAGCGACAUGUGUGGACUGCAGCAAUGAGAGAACAUUUUAAAUGUUUUCUUUUUAUGUUUUACCUCUACACAUAUUUCUAUUUUUAGGUUUAUAAUAAAGUUUAAAGUAAGUUACUAUUUUUAUUCAGAUCUGUGUCUGCUGCAGGAUAGCUCAUUAGUUUGUGAAUGACAAACGUUGACGAGGCUAAUACACAAUGUUUGAAGGAUAAGGCUAGCAAUAUGCUAUAUUUAUUUAUUUGUCAACAAAUCCCAUGAAAGACCAAAACAUUGCUGAAUGCUCCGUAUCAAAGAUGCAUAUAUUAUUCCUCAGUGCUCCUUUGUUGUCUAAAAACUAUUAAAACGCGUCACUGAGCCACACAGUUGCACUGGGUGACAUGUUCCUUCACUAUAAUGAACAUGGACUGUAGUUGAUUUAAGUCGGUCCCACAUACUGUCCUCGAGCAUUAAAUGUGUAUUAAUCUGCGGCUGAAAAUAGUCCCAAACAAAUGCACUAUUUACUCCUUGAGUAGUAUUUACAGUAUCCUGCAGAGGGCUUAGAGCUGAGCGCAGGGUAAAGAUGGACUAACACAUAGUUGGUUCUGAUCUUCACGUGGGAUCUGUUGACAUUAAGCCUUCUCCUUUUACGGAGCUAUAGCACAACAAUGUUUCCUCAUGAUUCUGAGAAGUCUCAAAGCAAAAGAGGGGAAGUUUAGAUUGAAGAAUCUUCUUUAAUGCUUCUCAGUCUGAGUCUGACACUGAUAAAUUCAACCGGUGCCUCUGCCCAGCCGUGACGACUACAUUUAUUCACCUGGUGAAGCUCACCUGGCCCAGUUAAGGACUCUAAACACCGGAGUCUAAUAAAUGACCAGCAAGUAAUCCAGUUUUAUUCCGACACACAAAAUGUUUUUUCUUUUAAUACAAAUGUGUUCCUUCCUGUCGGUGCACUGGUUAUUCAGAUACGUUCUUCCAUUAAAGUAGAAUUUCUACAUCCCUGUCGUAUUUAGAAUAAAGUUGGUUUCUUCAACAGAUGUUUGGGUAGCUUCCUGAAUUCCAAAACCGUUUGUUUGAGGUGCUCUUUGGAUAAGGAUGCAUGCAGAGGCACUUAAACAAUUAAAAUACCUCCUAUAGUCAUAGUCAUGUUAGAAGUGAAAACAAACUGACGUGUUUCUGCAUCGGGCCUUUAUUGACAUGUCUUUACAAUAAGGGUAUUUUAAUAGUUUAUAAAGAGUGCCUUGGAGUUUCCUUGGUAUUUGAAAAGUGUGUUUCUUUUUUCCCAGCACUUCAGAUCUCCACCAUUUGAUUGAUGAGAGUUUUUGUGACCCGUGACGUAUUGCGUCUUUUAUUACAGCCAGUAGUCUGCUGGUGCUCGUGUCCUGGAGCGCGAGUAUCUUGACAGAAGUCCGGGCUUCUUGGUGAAGGGAAGAUUCUCAACUUUUUAUCCUGACAACAAUCCCUGUUUCUGUCUUUUCCUCCUGAAUUACCACAUAGGUGAAAUAAUGUCAUGUCGACCUGGAAUGUAGUUAUCGUAGCUACGAUCUAUCGGGCCUCGUCUCGACAGAGGAGUGAUCCAUCAUUCACUGAAUUUGUUUUCUUUUUCAUUUUUGAUAAAUAAAUGAUAUUUUUUAUUAAUAUAUAUAUAAACA